AUGGACAAUUUGGUUAGCCUCGUAGAAUGCGGUGGUGUUCAUUUCACCUAUCACACAACGAUAUGUUCUGCGCUGAACUUUCUGGCGACUUGUCAUUUGUACGAGGUUCGAACGAAGGUGUCACAUGCAAUGGCAGAGGCCGUACUCUGGUUGAGCACUUCAUAUGUGUCGUGGCCUUCGACCAAUUGUCGUAAAAAGUUGUCGAUAUUGCGUGACGAUGGAAAACUCGACGCCUCAACCUCUUUUAACAAGUAUUCUGUUCUUCUAUCGACCGAAUUUUCGAUCGUCCAGUCACCAAACAGUCUGCCGUCCGUGCACAGCGUCGGUCAAAAUGGACAGUGCAUUCAUCCUUGCAUCAACAGUGGCAGUCCAUUCCCAGUACUGACGGCGCUGUCUAGAUUUUUCGCUUCCUGUCACGAUGAUCAAAAGGAGUUACUGAAGAAGGUAAGUGGUGUCGGUCCGUUCAUUCGUUGA